AACUGCAUGUUCAAUUGCAUGUGUAAACUGUAUUCGUUAUCAGGCCUAAAUCCUAUUUAGUCCAUUUAAAGUAGAAAGUGUUGUGCUGUGCUAUUCAUGAAGUAUGGGUGUAAAAAUUAUAGUUUUAGGGGCUGGGGUAGUCGGAUUAUCAACUGCAGUAAAUAUACAAAGUAGCAUACCUAAUGCAUGUGUUAAUGUUAUCGCGAAUAACUUUUAUGAAGACACAACAAGCUAUGGUUCUGGUGGACUGUUUAUCCCGACCUCACAAUCUCAAGAUGGAUCAGACGUUGAAAAAUUGAGGAAAUGGUGCGCCGAUUCUUGGAAAUUUUACGCAAGCCUUGCAACAGGACUAGAGGCCGGAAACUGUGGUGCAAUUAUAUCAAGUGGCUAUCAGCUUUGUAACGGUAACUUGGAACGUUAUCAGAAUGCUCUUUAUAAAGAAUUUGUAUUUCAAUAUGAGAGACUGUCUGAUAAAGAAAUGGAAGACUUUGGAUUUUUACCACAUUACAAAUUUGGUUUCAAGGUAAUAACUAUUGCUUUGGACCAGAGGAAAUACUUGAUAUGGCUUCAACAAAGACUGAGAGACGGUGGUGGUCAGUUGGAAAAGAGAAAAGUAACCAGUAUGAACGAGUUUGUAGAUAAAUGUGAUGUUUUGAUCAACUGUUGUGGCCUUGGCAAUAGAGAGCUAGUGGGAGACAAGCUCAUGUUUCCAGCAAGAGGAGAAAUCGUGAGGGUGAAGGCACCCUGGAUAAAGCACUGGGUAAAUACGGAUGAUGUCACAUACAUGAUUCCGGGGGAAAAUGACAUCGCUCUUGGUGGAUUAAAACAAAACGGAAAAGAAUCACUAAAGGUUGAGAGCAAUGAGACAGAAGAUGUACUACAAAGAUGUUUAAAACUCAUACCUAGUCUAAAGGCAGCAAAGAUUGAUCACACAUGGGUUGGUUUGAGACCUUGCAGAAAGGGGAUAAGACUUGAAAAAGAGACUUUAAAGUUUGGAAAUGGGACACUAGAGGUCAUCCAUAACUAUGGUCAUGGUUCUGAUGGCGUAGCUUUAUCAUGGGGAACUGCAAUGGAAGUUGUGGAUCUGGUCAAAAAAUGUCUACCACAACGUCAUGAAGUGAUGUCAAAGUUAUGAUCAGUUGAUGUAUUAACACCUGUUAUUGUAAAUGAUGUUCAAAACUGGUUACCUUUGUUACAUUUACCUAAGGGUUAAAAAUUCAUCCGGUUCACUUUUCGCUUUAGAAUUUAUAUAGGUAUCCCAAUUUUCACAGUGUUGGGAUGUCUGUGAAACUAAUGGAUUAAAGUAUCUGUAUAACUAGCAUGUUAUCCGCGAGAACUUAUUUACUAUAUAUUCUGAUUGUAAUGUUAAUCAAGAACAAUACAUAUUAACAAAAUCAGUGGAUUUUUUUUUUCUAAAAUGGUGCUGAAUUUACACGCAUCGGUUAGCAGAAAAUGAACAUAGAAAGAUUUAUCAGCUACCCGGGUUGUCAACAAUAACACUUGGCUAAAUUUGCAUUUUCAUUGCUAUAGUAACUGUCUAUCAUUAAUUUUAAUCUGUCCAUUUUUAAGAAGUAUUAUUUUAGUGAGAAUAAUUAGCAUAAAAAAUGAUACAUUUACAUGUGUUUGGAAAAGGUAGCUGAAUUCCGACAUAUUCACAUUGUAUGUUGGCGGGGUGCAUUUCACUUCGACUUACGUUUUUUUGUUGUUGUUGUUGUUGUUGUUUUUUUUUUUUUGUUUUUUUUUGAGGCCAUGAAAGUAUAUAGUUAGGGUGACGUUUUCCUGUUCUUCGUAGCACUAACUAUUGACAAAGUUAAAUUGUGUGUCAAUAAACAAAUUCUAAAAUAUUUAUUACGAUUUAUUUCACAUCUGUUAUCAUUUCCCAGAUUUCCAAGUAGCUCACAUGAUGAAUACAUAUAUAAAAAAUGUCUGGAGAACUAAAUAUACGUAUGAGGAUUUAGGGCUUAGUGACUUGCCAAGCUGCUGCGGUGGGUGUCCGUCCCUCGGGCUCUGGUGAAUCUACAGGGCGGGAGCUGUCCCGGGCUGGACGCAUGCACA